GAGGUUGUAUAUACAUCGAAAUUCUGGGCCAUCUUCAUUGACUGCUUCCUUUCACCAACAUCUCGCUCCAUUGGCUCUAUGUAUUUAUUUAUUUAUAUAUCUUCCAUUUCCUUUAAUUCUGGCUCAACUUCACAAAUUGAGGGUAUAAAUUGAGUGAUUGAUACCUCCAUCUCUUUCACUCGCUCUAGUUGAUUUCAGUUCACACAAAAAUUGGUGGAAGAAGCUUUGCUUUUUUGUUAUCACCAUUUCUCUAGCUGAGAAAGCAUAAUUUUUUCACAUGGUUUAUCUCUAGGAAUAUUAUAUAGCCCAGAGAGAUAGCUCUUUUAAUAAGGUAUUCAAUUUGCCCUUUCAGUUGCAUUUACAUUCUUGAAUGGGCUUGUGAUUUUAAGCUGACAUUCUCUGGAGCUGUGUUGGAAGGAAAUCUCUUUAUCUCUCUUAUAUUCUCCUUUGGAGAUUAAUGAUUCAGAACAUGCCUUUCAAGGAAUUCUUCACUGAAUAUGGUGAAGCAAAUUUAUAUGAAAUCCAGGAGGUUGUUGGUAAGGGAAGUUACGGUGUUGUGGCUGCUGCAGUUGAUACUCACACAGGAGAAAAGGUGGCUAUAAAGAAGAUAAAUGACAUUUUUGAGCAUGUCUGUGAAGCUACUCGCAUUCUUAGAGAGAUCAAGCUCCUCAGGUUGCUUCGGCACCAAGACAUAGUUGAGAUUAAGCAUAUCAUGUUGCCUCCCUGUCGGAGAGAAUUCAAGGAUAUCUACGUUGUGUUUGAGUUGAUGGAAACGGACCUCCAUCAUGUAAUCAAGACAAAUGAUGAUCUUACACCAGGGCAUCAUCAGUUCUUUUUGUAUCAGCUGCUUCGAGCUUUAAAGUAUAUCCAUUCAGCAAACGUGUUCCACCGGGAUUUGAAGCCCAAAAACAUCCUUGCUAACGCAGACUGCAAGUUAAAGAUAUGCGACUUUGGGCUAGCUCGUGCAUCGUUUGGUGAUGCCCCAUCUGCUGUUUUCUGGACUGAUUAUGUGGCGACCCGGUGGUAUCGUGCUCCUGAACUUUGUGGUUCCUUCUUUUCCAAAUAUACCCCGGCUAUUGAUAUCUGGAGCAUAGGAUGCAUAUUUGCUGAAAUGGUCACUGGCAAACCAUUGUUUCCUGGGAAGAAUGUUGUCCACCAGUUGGAGCUCAUAACUGAUCUUCUUGGCACACCUUCUCUUGAAGCUAUCUCGAGGAUUCGAAAUGACAAGGCCCGAAGAUAUUUGAGUAGCAUGAGAAGGAAAGCACCUAUACCUCUGUCGCAAAGGUUCCCACAUGUUGAUCCCCUGGCUCUCCGUUUACUUGAGCGCCUAAUUGCAUUUGAUCCCAAAGAUCGUCCUUCUGCUGAAGAAGCAUUGGCAGAUCCAUAUUUUUACGGGCUGGCAGAUGUGGAAGAUGAACCAUCAACACAACAUAUCUCAAAAUUUGAGUUUGAGUUUGAAAGAAGAAAUUUAACGAAAGAAGACGUGAGGGAAUUGAUAUACCGAGAGAUCUUGGAGUAUCAUCCACAGAUGCUCCAGGAGUAUCUCCGUGGCGCAGAUCAGAUUCACUUUAUGUAUCCAAGUGGAGCGGAUCAAUUUAAGCAGCAAUUCUUCCGGCUUGAGGGACAAGCAGGCAAAGUAGGAGGACCACCAAUGCGGAGGCGAUACGCUUCCUUGCCAAGGGAACGCGUAUGUGGGCUUAUUGACGAGGACCCUGAUCAAAGUGAUUCGAGAAGUCAAGCUGUGGUGCCAGUUCCACGCCCAGUCCUGCAGAGCCCCAGGACCUCAUUGGAGAUCAAAAGAUCAGAAGCUCCAAAGGGCAGCGUAAAAGCUAAAGGUGAUAAAAAAGUAUCGUGCUACAGCGCCCGUUGCUUGCUGAGAAGUGAUAGCAUCAGUGCUUCGAAAUGCAUUGGAGUGCAAGGGGAAGACUACCUGUGAGGUGCAAUUGCCCCCCGUCUGGUAUCCUUAUCAAUGAUCACUGUGCUCGUGCAAACAGGUCAUAGAUUUGAUAGUUAGUUGUGCAAGAUUUUUUAUUUAUUUGAGGUUUUGUUAUUGCUAAUUGUGUGUAUUAUCAUUGAGACAUUGUUAUGAUGAUUUAUGAAAAAAGAUUUGCAUUUGAAAUGUUUCA